UGCUAAGGUCAGCCAUCAGUCAGCGAGCUUUUAAGUCAGUCGGUCAUCGAGCCUCGCGAUUGAUCCGACUAUCGAUCGGGAAUAUUAUUUCUGUCAUCAAGUGGAAGAAACUUAAAAGAGACGAGAGAUGCCGGACGCGAAGAAGAGAGUAUGCAUCGUCGGCAGCGGCAAUUGGGGUUCGGCAAUUGCGAAGAUUGUCGGUGCAAAUGUCAUGAAAUAUAACAACAUAUUUGAGACUCGAGUAACAAUGUACGUAUAUGAGGAGAUUAUCAACAACGAAAAACUAACCAACAUAAUCAACACCAUCCAUGAGAACGUCAAAUAUCUGCCAGGACACAAAAUUUCAGAAAAUGUGGUCGCUGUGCCCGAUGUUAUCGAGGCAGCGAAGGACGCUGAUAUUCUCAUCUUUGUUUUACCACAUCAAUUUAUACGUACGUUAUGUUCAACGUUGUUGGAUAAUAUAAAACCAACUGCAGUUGGGCUUUCUCUCAUUAAGGGUUUCGGUCGAGGCGAAGGAAAUAGUAUCGAGUUAAUCUCUAAGAUAAUCGAAAAACAUCUAAGAAUACAGUGCAACGUUCUAAUGGGCGCCAACCUUGCCAAUGAAGUCGCCGAAGAGAAAUUCUGCGAAACCACAAUCGGAUGUAAGGAUAAACGUCUGGCACCAGUGCUGAGGGAUCUCAUUCAAACUCCAAACUUUCGAGUGGUCGUCGUGGAGGACUGUGAGACCGUAGAAGUGUGCGGGGCUCUGAAAAACGUCGUAGCUUGUGCAGCUGGUUUUGUGGAUGGUCUGGGGUUGGGCGACAAUACGAAAGCUGCAGUAAUCCGAUUAGGGCUGAUGGAAAUGAUUAAGUUUGUUGAUACCUUCUAUAGCGGUUCUAAGCUUUCCACAUUCUUCGAGAGCUGCGGCGUCGCAGAUCUAAUUACCACUUGCUACGGAGGAAGGAAUCGCAGGGUCUGCGAGCAAUUUGUUAAAACUGGGAAGACAAUCAAAGUAUUGGAGGAUGAGCUACUGUCCGGGCAAAAGCUGCAGGGACCAGCAACAGCAGACGAGGUCCAUGACAUGCUGAAGGCACGCAACCUGACGGACAAGUUCCCAUUGUUCACUGCAGUGCAUCGCAUUUGUACUGAUCAAUUGCGACCAGCGGAUCUUAUUGAUCAGAUUCGCAGUCAUCCUGAGCAUGUGAUGAGGUUGGAAGAGGGAAAUGCGUAAUUCAUACAGAAUAUAUGAAUUCAAUAAGAAGUGUAGAAACAGCCUGUGAUAUCGAGGAGGAAACAAUUUAGCCAGUGAAGACUUGUACAUACUUUCGAUGUCCUCAUUGUAAUCUUGUUGCUAUAAAUAAAGAUUACUUUAAUUAUGAAA